AUGGUUAAAUUUAAAGCUGAACCCAGAGAUAUUGUAGUAAUUCAAGCUUACUUCCCAACAACUGAAGCAGAGGACAACGAGAUAGAAGAAAUGCACGCAGGACUCGAAGAACUCUGGAAUACGUCAAAUCCCAAAAAACCAUGGAUAAAUGAAAAGAUUCUAAGAGAUAUUGAAGAAAGAAGAAAAAGGAACAAGGGAACUAAAAAAGCGAUUUUAAGUUUAAGAACAUUAAUUGAAAAACAGAUCGAAAUUAACAAUGAUACAUUUAUGGCAUUUAUCGACUUGGAGAAGGCAUUUGACACAGUUCCCUGUAAAGAACUUUUUAGGACACUAGAAGAAAUAGGAAUUGAUUAUAGAGACGGACGAUUAAUAUACAACAUAUACAAAGAGCAAUCAGCUAUUAUAAAAGUAUCAGACAAAGAAAAAAUUGGAGUGAUAGUAGGAGGAGAAUUGGUAUCAUUUCUAAGAUUCGCCGAUGAUAUAGCUCUUGUUGCAAGCAGCGAAAAUGAUCUCAAAAGAGCGUUAGAAGAAAUAGCAAGGUGCUUCCAUAAUUAUCACCUACAGAUCAAUUGGAAUAAAACCAAGGUUAUAAUGUGUCAAAAAAAAGAAUCGUAUUCAUAG